AUGUUGCCACUUUCUAUUCUCUUUGCUUUGCGGUCCCUUGGAAACGAUGAGAUUUAUUGCCCUCAAAGUGGUGGAAAAGCCAAGGAGAACGCCGACGUUAAGCCGCUACUAACGUAUAUUAAAAAUAGCCGACUUCUUCUUCUGAAAAACCGACAGAGGAAUGGACCAGAUGGAUAUCCAAUGCCGAUGGCGAAGAGUAUGGGAGAAGUUAGAUGGAGCUGCGAGCUUGAGAAAAAAGCCUAUGAAAUGUUUGAUAAGAGAUGCAAGCAGACUGAGAUUGAUCUGUUUAAUCUGCGUUUUCCUCAAGGAUACAGUGGAAUCUAUUUCCCAUAUCAUCAAGCUCAUACUUAUGAACAAGCAGCGCAAAGCUGGACCGGACAGAUUGACAGAGCUCCAAUGAACGACACCGCCUUCUGUAAGGGCAAAGUUGUGUUCAUACCCAACCGUGAUAUACAGGAGUACGCCACACUCAUUCAACAAGACUCUUAUAAUAUUGGAUGCUCACAGUUAACGUGUAGGUUUUGGUUUGGAACACUCUGCCUCAUCGAUAGACCUGCUAUCGACUCUCAUCAGGUCCUCUAUGAGACUGAUACAUGCAAUGACGGAGAUGAAUUUUGUAACCUUUACCCUCUGAACACGAAGAAAAGCGCACUCGAUUCUCCAAAGGAAUGA